UUGAUAAACAUGGCGUCCUCCUGUGCUCGGAGAGGCAACGUGAUCACUCGUUAAAAUGAGCAACUUUUGGUUUACUUAAACAAACCCAUAUCGGUAUCAUCUAUUUUCUGUACAUCAUACCUUAAAAAAAAGAAAAAGGUUCGCGCUUCUGGACGUUUCAGUUCAAAGGUAAAGGUGAUUCUGUGAUCCUUACAGAAAUGGCUUCCUUUAAACCGACAAAAAUCCCAGUUUACCCAAAACUUGGAGAGAAAGUCACACAAGAUACGCUCUACUGGAAAAACUACAAGGCUCCAGUCCAGAUUAAAGAAUUUGGAGCCAUCACAAACAUAGACUUCUCCCCCGUGGCUCCUCAUAACUUUGCCGUGACUGCAUUCACACGAAUCCACAUUUAUGGGCCGUUUUCCCAGGAGCCUGUCAAGACAUUUACACGGUUCAAGGACACUGCGUACUGUGGCAGGUUCAGGUCAGACGGUCAGCUGCUGGUGGCAGGAUGCGAGGACUCCGUCGUCCGGCUGUUUGACAUCGACGGCAAGGUGGCACUCAGGAUGUUUAGAGGCCACACGAAGGCCGUACACGUGACAGACUUCACCUCAGACCGUUACCAGAUCCUCACAGGCUCAGACGACUACACCUGCCGGCUGUGGGACAUCCCAAACGCCGCUGAGCUCAACACCUACCAGGAGCACACAGAUUACAUCCGCUGUGGUGUCACGAGCAAACUCAACAGAGACCUCUUCUUCACGGGGUCAUAUGACCACACCGUCAAAGUGUUUGAUGCCAGAGUGGAUAAGAGUGUGAUGACCAUGGACCACGGCCAGCCAGUGGAGAGCCUCCUCCUCUACCCCUCUGAGGGACUCCUCGUCUCUGCAGGGGGACGCUAUGUGAAGGUGUGGGAUCUGCUGAAAGGAGGCCAGCCUCUGGUGUCACUGAGGAACCAUCACAAAACCGUCACCUGCUUGUCUCUCAGCAGCAACGGACAGAGACUGCUGUCAGCCUCUCUGGACAGGCAUGUGAAGGUGUACAACACAACCAACUACAAAGUGGUCCACAACUUCGACUACGCUGCCUCGAUCCUCAGUCUGGCUUUGGCUCCGGACGAUGAGUCCGUUGUCGUGGGGAUGACCAACAGUAUUCUGAGUAUAAAACACAGGAAGAAUCCCGAAGAGUCAAAGGACGCAACCGGCCAGCAGAGGCGGCGACCAUCGUAUCGGGUUUUUGUGAAAGGGAAGAACUACGUCCCUAAACAGGAUGAUUAUCUCGUCAGUAAGCCAGUGAAACAAUAUUUGGCCAAAUAUGACAGGCAGCUGAAGAAAUUUAAUGUGUCCAAGGCUUUGGAUGCAGCUCUGGAGAAAUGGAUAAUAUUGAAAAAGCCUGAGGUCCCAGUGGCUGUUAUAAAAGAGCUGGACCGAAGAGGAACGCUGAAGAAUGCUCUGGCAGGAAGAGAUGAAAAGCAGCUCUCUCGGUUACUCAACUUCCUCAUAGGGAACCUGGUCGACAGCAGGUUCACUCCUGUCCUCGUCACACCGGCUGAGAUGAUCCUGGACAUCUAUCAGUCCAUCUUCGGCCAGUCACCGCUCAUAGACCGACAGCUGCUGCGACUGCAGGACCUGAUAGAGCGAGAGGUCGACUACCAGAGGGAGCUGCUGGAGGUGCUGGGCAUGUUGGACACCAUGUUUGCGUCCUCCCUCCCGAGGAUGGAGGUGCCGUGCUCUAGCGUCAGCAAGUCCAACGGCUUGUCUCAGGGAGAAGCAAGUACCUCGAGACCGCAGCCUCAAGUCACCUGAGACCUGUGGAGGGGACAAACUGCUUUAGACUGGCUUACGGUGCCUUUACAACUCCUUUUGAAACAUCAGACACACAUCUCCUGACAUGACCGGCUCCAUGUCACAGACUUCAGACAGAAACGUUUUGGGUACAGGUUUUAAGAGACGGACGAAGCCAUGUUCUUACUCUGGUGUUUUAACUCAAAGAGGACAUGCAUCGACUGUAUGAAGAAUUUCUGAACACGUGGAUGUAAAGCAAGGCGUCGCUUUUGUUGGAAGUCUUGUCAUUACACUUUCACUUGUGAAUGUACGUGUGUGUGCUUGAGUGCGUGAAUGAGUUCACCUCCAAUACCCGGCAUUGUUUUAUAAGCAAUCAAAAAUAAAUCUUUGUCAUAUUGAAAA